GAGCUACUGGGCAAUAUUCUGACAGCGAGGACAGCACCAGACGCUAUACUCUCGCAAGCGUUUCGAUUUUCCUGAGCUGGCCAGGCGGAGGUGUAUGGCCCCGUACCCCUUUGAGAUGAAUCCCGUUGGCCUACCGGGGUCUCCGUCCCACGAGAUUAAACUCCACCAGAAAGAACAGUCGGAUACGGAGUGUGAGGAACUUCAACCCAAAGAUAUGACAACCGACAAAGGAUACAAAAGUAAGACGAGCAGUCUUCCAUUCAGCGUCGAAUCAUUGAUUUCCAAGAAAACAACCUGCAGGACUUACUAUUCUUCUCCCUCUUCGGAUUCGGGUCUCGUUCAACCGAAGCCUGUGGCGGCGACGGUGCAGAUCACCGAACAGUUUUCUCCAAGGACUUUUUACGUUGAGAGGAAAGUUUCCCCAGAAAGCUCGCAGAGCGUGUCGGACUGUCAGAAUGACGACAAUCACGAUUUUUGUGAGAAAGACCAGAGCACUUGGUUCCAGACUUCAUCUUUCUCGACUCCCCCCCGAAGCUUAAGUCCACCUCCAUGUCCUUUAAGGAAACAUAAAAACAACCGAAAACCUCGAACGCCUUUCACUACCUCCCAGCUGCUCGCUCUGGAAAGGAAGUUCCGACAAAAGCAGUACCUCUCCAUUGCAGAGCGAGCCGAAUUCUCCAACUCCCUCAAUUUGACCGAGACCCAGGUCAAAAUCUGGUUCCAAAACAGAAGGGCUAAAGCCAAGAGACUUCAGGAGGCCGAGUUGGAAAAGUACAAACUGGCGUCGAAACCCAUGCUACCUGCCUUUGCUCUGCCAUUCCCCCUGGGAGCGCACAUGGGCUCUCCAUCUCUCUAUGGACAUUCUAAUGCCUACCCCAGGCCCACUUUACCUGUUCCGGGACUCUUCGGUGGACCUGUCACCUAUGGAAUGUAUUAUUUGUCUUGACCUAGAUUGUGUAUUUACAUUUGAGAUAAAAUGAUAUGUCAUUUGUAUGUCUUCAAACAUGGUUGCAACACUUAACUUUACUCCCUGUCUGAAACAUGGAUAUAUAUUUUUUCCAGAAAGGCAACAUUUCCCAGAAAGCCCAUAGGCCUAUAUUUGUCUACGCGACAGAGAUCAUUUUUAGAUAUAUGUUGUAUACGCUCAUUAAAGUCAAAUAGGCCAAUACUUGUGGGACAUGUUCUCAUGCCUAGAUAUGCUUAGCCAAAUGUUGGCCACAUUGUUGAUUGAAGGAUGGUGAUUGCAAGAUAAUUUUAUAUCAAAGGCCUGUAGGCCUUAUUUUGUAUAUUUCCGAUAGCGAUUUCUGAUAGUUGAGCAAUUAUCAAUGGCCAAGUUGUUAAUGCACGUGAGGCCUUAAAACACAACCCGUUUGCCACUUGCAGCGUGUGUAAUUGAUCACUAGAUCUAUACAUUGUUUUGUAUCCAUUUCGAUUAUACACAAAGGGGGGCAUUAACAUUAAGUUUAUGUAAUUUAACAGGACUAGACAACGGCAAUAUCCUCGUGCAUAAUAUAUAGCCCUGUGCGCCAUGCAACGAAAAAGUACUUAAAAACAGCCUUAUUGAAAGUGCCUUCAAAUACCAACUAGGCCUAUUUUGAGCUCUCGAAAAGCUUACUUGAACUGUAAAAUGUCUGUCAUUUGUUCAACAUUAACGAUUUUUCACACUCAAUUGUACGUGCAUACAAUUAUGAAAAAUCAUGACCAACAGAAUUAUGCAUGUGUACAUUUGCCGCAUAUCUUUCCAUUUGCAAGCUCUGUAAAUCCUGUUUAUUUUCAUGGUGUGAAAUAUUACUUUAGAAAACAAAUGUGCAUAAACGAUUUGUACUUUUUCACUAUGAGAGGCCUUAAGACCAAUUACAAAUGGGAUAUUUGUAUGAUAUAAAAUUGAUUUUAUUUUCAAGAAAUAUAAAUAAUAUCAUUGUAAAUAGUGUUCACGUGUCCUGCAACUCUGAUGGAAGAAGGCGCAGGAAUAUUGAUAUUUAUUAAAUAUCUCUGUAUCUGUACUGUGUACAUACAUGGUCUUAUUUUAAUUAUUCACUUAUACCUGUAAAAACUGAGCUCAGUAAAUAAACAUUAUAAUUUAAACUUCUGUUGAAAUGCUUUUGUCUCGGUCAAUGAACACAGAUUACACGUAUUACACCACACGGUGAACAUCAAGAUUGAAAGGGAAAAUUGACUUGACAGGAACCAAUGUAGGUCUACAUUUUCUCCUCAUUUGAAAUGUGAGAACAAUUUCUAAUUUCAAGGUUCAGUAUUUAGCCUCCAUCUAUUUUGAAUGAAAUGUGUAUAAUUCGUUCAUCUAUGACGACUGAAAUGGUAAAUUGCUGCAACAAAAACGGCAAAAAGUUUUCUUGAUACUUGCAAUGUUUAAACGAACAAUAUCCUUAGGCUAUAUAUGUUUCUUAACAAUUUAAUUGUUGUGCGAAUUAGGCCUACUUUGACAAGAAAAACGGAAAUUAUAGGCUACCUUCACAAGACUAGACUUGUGCGGCUGUUGUAAUAUGCCCAUCACUACCAACAUAACCAUACGCUUUCAUAAGAUUUGUCCUUGAUAUAUUGUUUUAUUUGUGUCUUGUGGCCAUUUGAUAAGAUAAACGGUAGUUGAAACUACCAAUGACGU